AUGGCAGAUGAGUGGAAGGUCUCGGAAAAUCCGGAUUUUAGACCCGGCUGUAUUAUAGUUCCGGUCAUCUUUUCACUGAUAUUCCUUCUUGGUACAGUAGGGAAUGGUCUUGUCCUGGCUGUGCUACUGAGGAAUGGGCAGAUGAGUUCCAGUACAACCAAUCUCUUCAUCCUAAACCUCAGCAUAGCUGAUCUCUUCUUUAUUAUUUUCUGUGUCCCCUUUCAAGCCACCAUCUACACACUGGACGGGUGGCUCUUUGGCUCCUUCAUGUGCAAAGCGGUGCAUUUCUUCAUCUACCUCACCAUGUAUGCCAGUGGCUUCAUUCUGGCUGCAGUAUCUGUGGACAGAUACCUUGCUAUAAGGUACCCCUUGAAAUCGCGGGACCUUCGCACAGCACGUAAUGCCUUAAUUGCCAUUGGAAUAAUCUGGGCAUUAUCAAUAGUCUUAGCUGGGCCGUACUUGAGCUACUACCAGAUUGUCCUUUACAAAGGGGUGCCUGUCUGUGUGCCAGUCUGGGAAGAUACCAGGAGAAAGAUCAUGGACGUUUCCUCCUUUGUUUUUGGCUAUGCCAUCCCUGUUAUAAUCCUGAGUUUUGCCUACACCAGGACAAUCAAAUACCUGUGGACAUUAGUGGACCCCAUUGAGACCAUCUCUGAAGGGAAGAAAGCCAAGCGGAAAGUAACCAAAAUGAUAAUCAUCGUUGCCGUGCUCUUUUGCGUAUGUUGGUUGCCCCACCAUGUAUUAAUCAUGUGCUUCUGGUUUGGGGACUUCCCGUUCAAUAAGGCAACCUUUGCCUUCAGGCUUAUCUCCCACUGCAUGUCCUACGCCAACUCUUGCCUUAACCCUAUCGUGUACGCUUUGAUCUCAAAGCAUUUCCGGAAGAGGUUCAAACAAGUAUUUACCUGCCUUCUGAAGAAGAAAGCUGCCAAUAAAGUCCACGUUGUCCAUGUGGCCAACACCGUGACUGGGUUUCAACCUGCCACGACUGAAACCUCCCAGAUAAAUGAACAAAACUGCAUGGUUGGCCGCUCAGCCCUAGUGCGGGAAGAGCCAAGAGUUAGUCUCGGGCAGGAGGUCUGAUGUAACCCUCAGGGAAGAAACAAAUUUGCUUAUUUAUUGAGAUCCGUUGCAGAACAGGCCCUUCGGCUCUUCAAGCUGCACUGCCCAGCAAUGCACGAUUUACCUGUAGUCUAAUCGCAGGACUAUUUACAAUGACCAAUUGACCUACCAACCAGUACAUCUUUGAACUGUGGGUGGAAACUGGAGCACUUGGAGGAAACCUACGCGGUCACAUAGAUAACAUACAAACUCCUCACAGACAGCAGCGGAAAAUGUAAAGAACUGAUCUGUAAAGGUUUUGGCCUGAUGGCAUUUCAAAGAAUAACUCAAGGAUUUCCUUCAGUAGAACUGGAUCCAGAGUAGGAGCAGGUCAUGUUGUGAUGGAACUGCUCUUCCUCAACUGAAUGCAUUUUGAGAAAAGGCGCUUGCCACAUUUUAAAAUCACUUAAAUUGAAGAACUUAUGAAGCAAACAUGUCAUCCACAAAUAAUCGAGCAGUUUCCAUUGUGUUGUAUAGUCCUGAACGCAUUAUAAACUGACCUGCUAUGUGACCGUGGAAUCUUUCAGGACGCUCACCAGCC